CUGGGAUUAAGCCUAGGCUGCUAUGGUGGGAAGCAGGCCACUAACUGCCUGAGCUAUGGCAUGCCAAUUACACACAGUAAGUCUUAUAAGAAGAUGGACAGAUUUUUGACAUAGUUUGCUUGACCUCGCAAUGAAAACAUUGAUUUAGUGUAAGAGAAGCCAUUCAUCUAGAGAUUCAUUGAACAGAAAUUUCACUGUAAAUCAAACUGGCUUUUGUAUACAAAAGAUAAGAAAUGUGUUUGAGGCAGGGUAAUAUUUGUUCACAGGUGCAUCCUAGUGCGUUCAAGUCACUAAUGCAAUACAUAUACACUGCGCGGCUGGAAACGCACAUAGAAGGAGUGGAUGAUUGCAUGCGUUUGGCUGUACAGUGCAGGCUUCCCUUGUUGAAGAAGGAGCUGAAAAAUAUGGUGAAGAAAGUUAAUUCAUAUGAGUGCAUGAAACCUGGAACAAGCAUAAAGACGUUGACAUUGGAGUCUGCUGAAUUGGCAGCUAAGCUGCAACAAGACCUGGGUGUGCUUUGCUUGCAGGGUGUGCCACAGAAACUGCGCACGUGGCUUAAAGGUGUUCGUCGUCCUCGCAGGCCAAUUGUGCCUCUCUUCCUAGUAGACAUCUGCUUCUCUGUGUCUGGCUACAAAUUUUACUGCCACAAGGCUUUCUUUUGUGGAAGGAGUGAGUAUUUCAAUGCAUUGCUGCGGGACCACUUCAGUGAGACAACAGCUGACAAUGGAAAGCCAGUGGUUACUAUUAGAAAUGUUCCAGUAGAAGCAUUCGCUGCCGUUGUAUAUUACAUUUAUACCAAUGUUGUUCAGGUUCGGGAGGAACACACACUGGAUGUGCUGUGUGCAGCAGACAUGUACUUGCUGUCUGGUUUGAAGCGAGGCUGUGGAACUUUUCUUGGGAGCUGUCUGAGCACAGAGAAUGUAGUGAGCAGACUGAAGACUGCACGGCUUUUCCAGUUACCGCAGCUUGAAGAUCAGUGCAUCCGGUUCAUGUGUCUCCACAUUGAUAAGUUAAUGCAUGAUGAGGGGUUACAUGACCUGAUUUUGCAAGAUGCUACAGAAGUAAGAGGCAGACAAGAGACAGACAGCAUUCCUAUUAUAGAUGACAUUCGUUACCACAUCACGUCAGAUGUUCAGACAGUCAGUGAGAUGGGUGAGGCAAGUGAGAAGUUGCAGAUCAUCGACAGACUUCUAGAGGACCUGGGGCUGGAUGCCUAGUGAAAUGCCUUCAGACAAGCUUCGCAUUGCAAUUUUAACAGGAGUUCCAACUUCUCCAGACCUCAUAUAGUUAAUAUAUCUAUAAAAACGUCUUCUUCUAUAUUUUCUCUUGUGUGCAUUAUACAGUUUUCAUGCGUGAUAAAUAGAUAUUUAAUCUAUAAAGUUUAGUGACAAUGGUUGAUUCACUAUAUGAAUAUUAUGUUGGACAUUGUCCAUUAUCUCGUGUAUUUUUGGUAUCAUGUUCCAGAAACUGGAUCCAUUCCAUCAUAAGAGAGGAUGGAGUGGUCCCAUUCAGUUGGACGUGUUAGAAAGAGCUAGCACAGUGACUGAGACUGGAGCUUGAAUGAAUCAGUGAAUGUACAAGGGGUGGGCUCUCUUGGCCCUUACACCACGACUGCAGUGAUCUGUUGUGCUUCCCCUUUUGAUUAUCCCCUCAGCAAUCCUGCUCUUUGAAUAAAGUGCAGGAUUU